AUGACGCAUUAGGCCCCUUCCCCUUGUGUGCCGCAUCCAGAAGGCACUGCGGUGGGAAGAUGGCGUCUGGAGUUGUGGGUCUGAGUGGCAGUGUUGGCCUUACCCAGCUGUUUUUCAUCAGCGCGGUCCUGACAACUGGAGUCCUUGGUGACCGAUUCAGCAUAUUGCGGGCCUCGCAGUCUGUUCAUUUUCAAGAUGCAGGGCCUUUGCCUGGGGGCCGCAUUCCAGAUGUUGUGUCUUUAUCUAUGGGCUUUUCAGUUGAGGAGGAUCUUUUAUGGCCUGGACUUGCUAUUGGCAGUUUGUUUCAUCGACCACGUGCCAACUUUUUAGUGACUGUGAGGGGAAUAGAAGAACUGGCUUUGCCCAAGAGUGAAAUUUCGUACAUUGUUGAAAAUCCAAUCCCUUUCACUUUGGAUAGUAUUUCAAAUUCUAUCCACUCGCUGUUCUCUGAAGAAACACCAGUGAUUCUACAAUUGACCCCCAGUGAGGAGAGACUAUACAUGGUGGGAAAGGCAAACACCAUUUUUGAAGAUCUUCCUGUGACAUUACGACAGAUGCGUAACCGUUUGUUCCAGGAUGACUCGGUUCUGAGCUUCCUUCCUCAUAACUCUCUGAAUAAAAAUAACGAGGUUGAUCUUCUGUUUCUUUCAGAAUUGCAAGUUCUUCAUGAUAUUUCUGCAUUGCUAUUCAGGCACAAACAUUUGGCAAAAGACCAUUCACCUGACCUUUAUUCACUGGAGCUGGCAGGUCUGGAAGAGAUUAUAAAACGUUAUGGGCAGGAGUCCCAGCAGUUUCGUGAUGCUGCCCAAAUCCUUGCUUCAGUCAUCCAGAAGUUUGCAGAUGAGGUGUUCUCCAUUUACAGUGGAAAUGCUUUGAUUGAAUUGUUGACGGUGAAGAAUUUUGAUGUCUCUCUUGUGAGGAAGACUCGGUCUAUUCUAGAGUCUCCAUCCAUAAGCAACCCAGGCAGUCCAUAUGGUUUGGCCUACCAAUACAACUAUAACUAUGCUGUUGUAUUCAAUAUUGUCCUCUGGUUGAUGAUAGGCCUUGCUUUAGCUGUGAUCGUCAUUGCCUACAACCUGUGGAACAUGGAUCCUGGUUAUGACAGCAUUAUCUAUAGAAUGACUAGUCAGCGAAUUAAAAUGGAAUAAAAUGGAAUGCUUGCUUCACAUUAAGUCCAAAGAACCCAGCUAAUGAAAAUAAUGUAUAUUUCUGAAGUUCUGGAAAAGGUUAUGGUAUCAAGACUACUAGAGUUUGUUCUUGCACAAUGUUGAUAGUGGGAGAAUAAUAAAAUUCACUUGGUAUGUAAAAUUAAAUAUUUCCAUAGUACCUUGCUAAAAUACCUGUGUCUCAUGGCUAUUAACCCUAACUCUGGAAUUGAUGAGCUGAUUGCCUGGUCAUGGAUGAUUUUUUUGAUUUCUUAUAUUGUGAUAUGGUUUGAGAACAAGGAAAUAACUUGUUUUUGUAUUCCAGACUUGAGAUAAAUAGCCAAACACGAAUUUACCUUUCACUAAACCAUUCCAUUGGAUAAAAGCCUUGCAAUUUCAUUUCUAAUAUCUUUUUAUUUUACAAUCAAAUCUGUGUAUAUGUUGGCACUAUUUCUGCUUUUGUAAAUCACCACUGUGCACAGCUUACUGUUUAAUUCAGAUUGUCAUUUUCAUGUUAUAAUAGUGAAAGUAUCAUGGAUAGACAUGGCAGCUGUGAUCAGAAAUGCACUGCAAAAACUUAUCUGACCUUAGGAAAUUGAUUGUGAAAUUAUUUGGUUUCUUUAUUUUCAAAGCUAGUGAAUGUGGUGUAAAAUAUGUAAACUGCUAUGCAGACUCCUGAAUGGUGGUCAUGUGUUUUGUGUGGUUCAAUUGUAACUGUUUCAGUUAUGUUUGAGAUGGAAUAAUUCUGGUAUCUGACAAAAAUAAUGGUAGAAAUUAGUGGUCAGUCCUGCUAUUUGUGAAUGGCUGUGUUUUACUGAUGUUCAAUGCAAAUGUUAAUAAAGAAUUAAAUGUAAA